AUGUUGGAUGAAGAUGGGGCGAUUGUGGCCGGCGCGAGAAGAUCUUCGAAUAAUAACAAUUCUGGCGCCGACUCUCUACCCGGCAAUUCUGCAUCACCGCCUCGAGCCUCCUCCCGCGCGAGCAGUACGGGCUCUAACAAGGGCGUAAAAAUCCCGAAACCCUCCGCCUCGAGUAAUGAUGGCAGUCCAAGAUCUGGGGGUCGCAGCUUCUUCAGCCGAAUCUUCCGAAAAGACGGCGAGCCGGCCAGGGAUGAACCGCUGAUAACAGACAAUGGCUCGAUCGCGCAAUUCGUGUGGGAUGCCCUAGAGAAGAAGAAUUCGAAAAGAGAAAGGAUUCGAGUGUUGAGAAGAUUACAGGAGCUAAUGAUCUCAAAAACGCUGCAAGUCUCCUCAAUCGAGGGAAUCGUGCAUCAAUCGAUCGAUUUGGUCACCGAACCGGAUUGCAGGGAUUUUGUUAUUAGGGCCUAUAUCUCCAUCACGCAGACCCAAUUUGACAGUAUUGGCAUUGUUUUGAGGGGACAAUUCUUUGAUAAAAUCCGGACCUCUGAACUGGAUGCGCGAAGUCUAGAAUGGCUGAUGGCGCUGACAAAACAAGGCACAUUCAUUGAAGGACUCGAAAAAGUAAUGGACCACCACGUGCUUCAAUGGCUAAAGGCAUAUAUCGAUGGAAGUGACCCGAUUCUCGCCGUGGAUGUCUUCAAAAUGACCAUCAAUAUGGUUACGGAGAAUCUGGCUUUUGUAGGUCUCAUCCAAGAACUACUCCAAUCUGCCCCUCGUUUUGGCCACCAUUCCGACAGAUUCUCCUAUAGCCAUCAAGAAUUUGUGCAAGUCAUUCGAGGGGGCGUCUUUUGGCUCGCGAAAUCUGGAUGGGGAGUCGAGACGAUGGAACCGGGCAGCCCUACCUAUUAUCUAUCAUCCCUUCGAAUGGCCAUGAGAGCCGAUCCGCACGUCUGCAAGGAGGUCAUCGAGAUGUUGCCGGAGCAAAUGGCGCUGUAUGCGCAUCAGAUUCUCCUCACGAUCCGUUCCCUCGAUCCAUCCCCUCGAAGAGCAAUCCCUGUGCUGGAACUGAUGAGUGACACAAGUGGCAUUGAGAUGUUGCACACCAUCUUCCAGGAAGAAAACUUCGAGAUGGUUGUGGAUAUCCUGGUGCCCUAUCUAAACAUCACAGUGCAUUCAAUCUAUGUUGUUGUAUGUGCACAUCGUAUUCUCAUGAGAUGGUUCUCAAAAGUACCACGCAUUUAUAGGGCUGAUAUUUCCAGGUAUUACGAAGAGAAGGUAGAGGAAGCGCUGCAGAGACACGCUAGUGAUAGUCAGAAACCGAACGCCAAUGGAAUGGAGGACGAGGUUGAUGAGGAUUCACCGAGUAAUUCCCUGCAAGGCAACACCCCACCCUCUGAAUAUUUUCAACGCGGAUCAAAGGGACGCCUCAGCCACAAACUACAGAAAAAGUUUAUGAAAGAGAUCCAAACGGCGCUCCUUCAAUUCUUCCGGUUAGGUCGAAUAUCUGCCCAUGUUUUUGGUGGAAUGCCCGAAGUUGAUGGAUAUGAAGAAGUGGAAUCGACAACAUAUUCAACGGGGGAUAGUAUUGUCACGCUGAGAAAUAUGGUGAAAAAGGGCAGCAGAGCCAUCGAACAACACGAUCAGGAAGACCGUUUCUCGGAGAAUAUUACCUCGUGGUCAUCCCCUCAUGUCGAUCCUGAUGCUAGGAGAAGACAUGCUUCUGCCAUCCAGCCCUCUACUUCCGCUUCCUCAUCUAGGGCAUCAAUCGCCGAGAAGAGGGACGAGCAGGACAGGAUCCUGCGUGACCUGCGUGCUGCAGCGACUCAAAAUCCCCGUACCGUAGAGACGUAUCAAACGGCCCUCGAAGCUGCACACAAAUUCACGCCUAUCCCGAAAGUACACGAAGGAAAGAUCAGCGUGACGCAGAUGAUUGUGCGUCAUAUGUAUGGAAGGGAUUCGUGGAUUAUGAGGAGGAUUGAUCAGGCUGGAUUUGGGCCCAAUGUUGAUGGAAUGGAUGAAUACGGGUCUCUUUCCCUCCACCUCUCCGGAUUGUCCGGCUCCAAGAGGAUCGGCCCGAAAAAGCUUCAUCCUGUUGGAGUGAUAUUUAUGGGAAGUGGACAAUCGACAGAGACUGAUGUCCUCUCUAAUCCAUAUGGCACCAAGAGAUAUGAACAUUUCAUCAAAUCCCUGGGCACCCCUCAAUCGACGGCUCAUGAUUUGGGAGGAGGGCUGAUUGCCGAGAAGAAUGGAGAUUAUACGUACACACAUUUGGAUGAGAUUAGCAGUAUGGUAUUCCUCAUCGCCACCCUCAUGCCACGCCUCGAAAAUGACGACAAAUGCAAUAAUAAGAAGAAGCUCAUCGGCAAUAACGUGUGUUGUCUGGUGUGGAAUGAGAGCGGCAAACGAUACCAAAUGGGCUCCCUUUUUGGGGAUUUUAUCCAUGUGGUCAUUGAGGUAGUGCCAGUUGGAGAUGAUUCCGUUCGUAUCGAAGUGCAUGCAAGACAUGAUAUUGAAGUGUGGAUGGCGUUGAGGAGGGCCCUCGUCCCCGAGAACGCUGCUCCCAAUAUUAUUCGAAAACUGUGCAUCCGCGCGAAGCUGGCAGCCGACAUCCUGCGCUGUUCCCCCAAAGAUCUCCCGGAUCUGGCGAGAAUCGUCGAAUUGGCCGCCAAAUUGAGCUCGUCAAAAGGAACCGAAAUCAAGCAACACGACAUCUUUUAUGAAGCGCCAAAUGGAAGGCUGAAGAUGAGAAUGUUAUCCACGGAAGGAGAGAAUCGUAACGAGCUAAUCUGGUACAAUCGCCCAGAUGAUACGCUCUCCCUGUCAAUGGGCAUCAAAGGAGAAGUGAAGAAGAUUCGUCAGUUAUUUAUGGUCGGACAGACACGAGUACAUAUUGAUACUGUUGACGGAUUAGGGGAUUUUAUGGAAUUGGAGGUGUGUCUUCGUGAGGAACAAAGUCUAGAAGAUGGCCAAAAGAUUGCCGAUGAUCUGAGGAGGGAAUUGGAGGUGGCUGAAGCGGAUCUGUUGACUGGCGCCUACAUGGAUAUGAUCAACAAGAAG